AUGACAAAGGUACCAACGCAAGACCACCCGCACACGGCGUACAGUGUCCAGGGCAAGGUCGCCAUCGUGACGGGCGCUGGGUCCGGCAUCAGCCAUGCCCUGACCAAAAUCCUACUGCAGCAGGGUUGCUCGGUCGUCAUGGCCGACCUCACUCUGCGACCGGAGGCAGAGCGAACACUAAAAGAGGCCGCCACCGUGUCUGGAGUUAAUGGACAGAAAUCAGCCAUAUUCCAGAAGACCGACGUAUCGGACUGGGCGCAGCUUCAGACGUUGUUUGACAAGGCGCUCGAGACAUAUGGCACGGUCAACAUCGUGGUCAACGGCGCCGCCAUCUACGAGCCGCCCUCCAGCACGUUCUGGCACCCCCCCGGUGUGUCUCCUGCCGCGCAGGACAAGGUGGACUGCUCCCCGGGCGUGUACCAGACCUAUGCCACCAACGUCAUGGGGCCCAUUCGGUUGGCGCAGAUUGCCCUCAACUACUGGUUUUACCACCCCGACGAGGAGAUGAACUUUGACGGGAACUUGAUCUGGCUGUCGAGCGUCUGCGGAUACGUCCAUCUGAUGCAGUCGCCCCUGUACUUCAGUAGCAAGGCGGCCAUGAACAGCAUGGUUAAGUGUCUGGCCCCGCUGCGGAGGAUGUUCGGCAUCCGCAACGCUGCCGUUUGCCCGGGACCGACGCCAAUCUUUGAUGCUGAUCACUGCAAGGGCCAGCUUCUGCCUACAGACAUCGGCCUUACCGCCGAGCAAGCCGCCGAGCAAACAUUCAAGGUCAUGACCGAGCCACAGUUCGGCGAUGGAAAUAUUGUCGAGGUUGUGGCUGCCCCGGAAGAAUCGGCCGCAGAACGCGUCACUGUGCGUGUGCGUGAGACUCCCCUCGAGGCGCUCUACCCGGACCCUCCCCUGGAAGGCAACCACUUCAUGGAGGAAGAGCAAAAGUUCAUUGAAAUGCUGAAGACGCUGGUAUACGUCGGCUAG